ACGAAAUUACGGAAGCACAUGGUAACCAGUGUUGAAUGUGUUCAACUCAACUGGACUAUUUAAAAACAGUUUUUCUUUCGUUUGAAUGCAGAUAUGUACAUUAGUUGAACGUGAUUUUCCUUGUAGCGCCUUGUCUUCGUUGCAAACGUGUAGCAGCACAGUUUAACUUAUUUCCAUCAUGGUUCGAGCAAAACGGGGUAAACCAGUACAGAGGCCAAAAAAGACUCAGCAGUAUGGUGAAGAUGACCCAGAAAGCUACAGGAACAUGCCUGUCCCUGAUAAGAAAUCGUCACAGUACACAAAGGACAAAAUCGACGAGUUUCACGAUGAAAAGAUUGCAAAACUUCUCGCCCGCGGUGUUCAGAUGGAGAGCGACGAGGAGGACCUGGAUGACGAGGAGGAAGUGAUGGCCCUGGACGAUUCUGAGUCAGAUGAGGAAGAGGAGGAUGAAGAAGAAGAGGGGACAGACAUGGAGAGUGAUCUAGAGGGGAAAAAGGAUGAAGAUCUCCCUAAUGAAAUGGCGUGGGGCACCAGGAAGAAAAUGUUCUAUGACUCGGAUUAUGUGACCACCAAAGGGAAGUCACAAGAAGAGCUGGAAGCCGAGGAACAAGAGGAAGAAGAAGAGGCCAAAAAUAUCCAGAAACGUUUAGCUGCGAAUCUGAGCGAGGAGGAUUAUGAUUUAAACUUUUUUCAGGAUUUUGCGGUGGAGGAGAAGGAUGAAAGUGAGACUGUGGACAAACAAGAGAGGAUUGUGAAAGACCUCAAGCAGAUGUCUCAGAAGGAAAAAAUGAAGCUUUUGAAGAAGGAAUCACCAGAGCUGCUUGAACUCAUUCAGGACUUCAAGGCAAAGCUCACUGAACUGAAAGAUGAGCUGCAGCCCCUCGUACAAAUGGUCAAGGACGGAAAGAUCCCAGCAGGGAAGGGUGCAGACUAUCUCAAGACAAAACAGCAACUUUAUCUCAAUUAUUGCACAAACAUCAGUUUCUACUUGGUGCUCAAAGCAAAGCGAAUUCCUGCUCACAACCACCCUGUGAUUGAAAGACUGCUCACCUACAGAAAUCUCAUCAAUGAACUUGGUGCAGUAGAUGCUCGGCUUGUGCCAGAGUUUCGCCAACUACUAGCUGGUGAAGUAAAAGGAAAAACCAGCAGCGAGCCAGCAGAGGGCAAGAAAACCAGAGUCCCCAGUAAGAAGGAAAAGGAUUCUGGAGACGCGACGCCUGAGGCUGAGGAGGACUCAGACUCUGACCUGGAUGAGGAAGCAGCUUUGCGUUUUUACAGAGAAGUGGAGGAACGGAUGAAACUGAAGAGGAAGAGCAACAAACCAGAAGCUGAAGUGUUGGAAGAGAAUGAAGGUGAUGAUGAUGAGGACGAGGAUCCAGAUGCUAAGAGAGGAAUCACCUACCAGAUGGCUAAGAACAAGGGGCUCACACCAAAGAGGAAGAAAAUUGACCGUAAUCCCAGAGUCAAGCACAGAGAAAAGUUCAGACGGGCUAAAAUCCGCAGAAAGGGCCAGGUCCGUGAGGUCCGUCGAGAGGAAACGAGAUACAGUGGAGAGAUGUCUGGUAUUCGUGCUGGUGUCAAGAAGAGCGUCAAACUUAAGUAGACAAGAGCAAAUUCAAAAUAUGCUGCCCGGUGUCGCCAUGGGAUUGAAAAAAUAGCAGUGGACUGUCAUUUUAAAUGUUUAUUAUAGGUGAGCUGUGUAGUAAAGCAUGUAACUGAUUAUUCAGCACUCAGUCACUGCUGUAAAACCUUAAAAUGUUUUCCUGCACUAGAUUAUUGGACCACGUAAAUAAAAAUGUUAAAAUCUG